CCUCACUAGGGCCAAGGAACCGGGAAUUUCAGGGACAUGGGGGAGGGAGAGGGAUGUCUCUCUACCGCCCCAACCCCCCAUGUCUGUGGUGAAGUCGAUCGAAUUAGUGCUGCCCAAGGAUGCAAUCUACCUGGCUGGCUCCAGCAUAAAAGGGAAGAUGAUUUUAACCCUGAACAGCACCCUGGUGGACCCCAUAGUGAAGGUGGAGCUCGUGGGAAGGGGUUACAUUGAGUGGAGUGAAGAAGCCGGGGCAUCCCGCGAUUACAGCAGAAAUGUUAUUUGCAACAACAAGGCAGACUACGUGCAUAAGACAAAGACAUUCCCAGUGGAGGAUAAUUGGUUAAGUGCAGGCAGCCACACCUUUGACUUCCAUUUCAACUUACCUCCCAGGCUUCCUUCUACCUUCAGCAGCAAAUUUGGCCAUGUCUUCUAUUUCGUACAAGCUUCCUGCAUGGGCCGGGAACACAUUUUAGCCAAGAAGAGGAUGUACUUAUUGGUUCAAGGAACUUCCGCCUUCCACAAAGAAACUCCAUUGCAGAACCCCUUGUUGGUGGAGGCUGAGGAGAAAGUCUCCUACAACUGCUGCCGCCAGGGCACCAUCUGCCUGCAAAUCCAAAUGGAAAAAAACACCUUCACACCGGGAGAGAAGGUUGUCUUCACAACAGAGAUCAACAACCAGACCAGCAAAUGCAUCAAGACGGUCAUAUUCGCCCUGUAUGCUCACGUUCGGUACGAGGGCUUCACGCCCGGCGCGGAGAGGCGGUCUCGGCUGGACAGCAGCGAGCUUCUGCGGCAGGAGGCCAACACCCACAUGACCCGCUUCAACACCACCAAGAUCGUCAGCACCUUCAGCCUCCCAGUGCUGCUGUCCGUGAGCAGCAGCACACGGGACGGGGAGAUCAUGCACACUCGCUACGAGCUGGUCAUCACCGUGCACCUGCCCUGGUCCCUGACCAGCCUCAAGGCCAAGGUUCCCAUCAUCAUCACCAGCGCCUCGGUGGACUCUGCCGGCUGCCAGUCGUCAGAGGACGGAGUGUUACCCGUGAGCCCAGAUCACCAGAAUUAAGUGCCCAAACUUUUAAAUAUUAAAAGCUUUAUUAGUCUCUA